AUGACGACUCUGGACUCCAACAACAACACAGGUGGUGUUAUCACCUACAUCGGCUCCAGUGGCUCCUCCCCCAGCCGGACCAGCCCCGAGUCUCUCUACAGUGACAGUUCCAAUGGCAGCUUCCAGUCCCUGACUCAAGGUUGUCCCACAUACUUCCCACCAUCACCCACCGGCUCCCUCACCCACGACCCUGCCCGCUCUUUUGGAAGUGUACCACCCAGCCUCAGUGAUGAUAGCUCCCCUUCUUCGGCAUCUUCGUCGUCCUCCUCCUCCUCCUCCUCUUCCUCCUCCUUCUACAACGGGAGCCCCCCAGGAAGUCUACAAGUGGCCAUGGAAGACAGCAGCCGAGUGUCUCCCAGCAAGGGCACCAGCAACAUUACCAAGCUGAAUGGCAUGGUGCUACUGUGUAAAGUAUGUGGGGACGUGGCCUCAGGCUUCCACUACGGCGUGCAUGCCUGUGAGGGCUGCAAGGGCUUUUUCCGUCGGAGCAUCCAACAGAAUAUCCAGUACAAACGGUGUCUGAAAAAUGAGAAUUGCUCCAUCGUCCGGAUCAAUCGUAACCGCUGCCAGCAAUGUCGCUUCAAGAAGUGUCUCUCUGUUGGCAUGUCCAGAGAUGCUGUGCGUUUUGGGCGCAUCCCCAAGAGAGAGAAGCAGCGGAUGCUCGCUGAGAUGCAGAGCGCCAUGAACUUGGCCAACAACCAACUGAGCAGCCUGUGCCCUCUGGAGACCUCACCUGCCCCGCACCCCACCUCAGGCUCCGUAGGCCCCUCGACACCUCCUGCGCCAGCCCCCACGCCUUUGGUGGGCUUCUCUCAGUUCCCACAACAGCUGACACCGCCCAGAUCCCCCAGCCCUGAACCCACCGUGGAGGAUGUCAUAUCCCAGGUGGCUCGGGCCCAUCGAGAAAUCUUCACCUAUGCCCACGACAAGUUAGGCACCUCCCCUGGCAACUUCAAUGCCAAUCAUGCAUCAUCAAGUAGCCCUUCAGCUACUACCCCACACCGCUGGGAGAGUCAGGGAUGCCCCCCUACCCCUAAUGACAAUAACAUUUUGGCGGCUCAGCGUCAUAAUGAAGCACUGAAUGGUCUAUGCCAAGGCCCCUCCUCCUACCCUCCUACCUGGCCCUCUGGCUCUGCCCACCACAGCUGCCACCAACCAAACAGCAACGGGCAUCGUCUAUGCCCCACCCACGUCUACUCGGCCUCCGAAGGCGAGGCACCUGCCAACAGUCUCCGGCAAGGCAACACCAAGAAUGUUCUGUUGGCAUGUCCCAUGAACAUGUAUCCCCACGGACGCAGUGGCCGGACCGUGCAAGAGAUUUGGGAAGACUUCUCAAUGAGCUUCACGCCUGCUGUGCGGGAAGUGGUAGAAUUUGCCAAGCACAUCCCCGGCUUCCGUGACCUUUCCCAGCACGACCAGGUGACCCUGCUUAAGGCUGGCACCUUUGAGGUGUUGAUGGUGCGUUUUGCAUCAUUGUUCAACGUGAAGGACCAGACAGUGAUGUUCCUGAGCCGCACGACCUACAGCCUGCAGGAGCUGGGUGCCAUGGGCAUGGGCGACCUGCUCAAUGCCAUGUUUGACUUCAGCGAGAAGCUCAACUCCCUGGCGCUUACCGAGGAGGAGCUGGGCCUUUUCACCGCUGUGGUGCUUGUCUCUGCAGGUAGGCCAAGCUCUCGCCUGACCCUGGAGGAGGCACACGCAGUUCAGUUUAACAUACCUUUUAUGGAGUACCUACUCUAG